GACACUCUACCUUGACAGGAAAGCUUGAAGAAAAAAUAUCAACUCAUCGUUUCCAAUUUUCAAAGGUACACGAGAAAAAGCAGACAAAGCUGAAAGCAUGUCUAAAGUUAACGAAGUAGCUGCCUUGUAUAAGCAGUUGAAAUCAGAAUGGAACACGACCAAUCCAAAUUUAAGCAAAUGUGAAAAGCUCCUAUCAGAUUUGAAGAUUGAAUUAACUCAUUUGAUAUUCCUUCCAACUUCAAAUGCCAGUGCAUCUAAACAAGAACUUCUACUUGCAAGAGAUGUCCUAGAAAUUGGGGUACAAUGGAGUAUAGCAGCCAAUGACAUACCUUCCUUUGAAAGAUACAUGGCUCAACUCAAGUGCUAUUAUUUUGACUAUAACACUCAACUUCCAGAAUCCUCAUUCAAAUACCAAUUGCUUGGUUUGAACUUACUGUUUCUACUGUCACAAAACAGAGUUGCUGAGUUUCACACAGAGUUGGAACUACUACCUGCUGAUCAUAUUCAAGAUGAGGUUUAUAUCAGGCAACCUCUCUCUAUUGAACAGUACCUUAUGGAGGGUAGUUACAAUAAGAUAUUCUUGGCAAAAGGCAAUGUUCCAGCAAAAAGUUAUAAUUUUUUCAUGGAUAUUCUGCUGGAUACCAUAAGAGGGGAAAUAGCAGACUGUCUGGAGAAGGCUUAUGAGAAAAUUUCCGUGAAAGAUGUGGCAAGAAUGUUAUAUUUGCCUAGUGAAGAAUCUGCUAAAGCAUUUACAACAAAGAAUAAACAGUGGAAAUUGGGUAAAGACAAUUUCUUCCAUUUCACCCCAGAAGAGAAGAAAACCCAUGAGCCUAUACCCUCCAGAGAAUUGGCCCAACAAGCUAUUGAAUAUGCCAAAGAAUUGGAAAUGAUUGUAUAAGGAGGCAUUAUUCUCCUUGAAAUAAAUUAGGUAUAUUUUUCUUAUGUGUAUUUGCAUUGAUAUUUUAUUUU